ACAAAAAAAAGCUUCAAAAUUUAAUGAUAAAGAAAACCAUGUGACUGAAGAAUCAAGAAAGAAAUUAAAAAUCAAUAAAGAAAGAGAUAAUGAACCAAAGACCAAAUACAAUGGUAAUGGUUCAUACAACGAUGUGAUAAAAAUCACAAAGUGUGUAGAAGCCAUGCCAGCACCAUCAAGGUUCAGUAAACAUUCAGAAUAUUGCAAAAAGAAAUAUGAUGGAUUAAUUUUAAAUUUCCGUGGAAAAAACCGGAUUUCAAGUAUUCCAGUCACUUUGUAUCACUCAGUCUUUGCAAAAUUUGUUGACAGUGCAAAUACUAUUGAACCUACUGCUGUGGAUUAUAGAUCACUAACUGAGUUGAUGCAUGAUAUGUCAAAAUUUUAUGAUACUGAAGAUUCACGAAAUAAUAUAUUUCGUAGAUGGGCCUCUCAUUAUUUUGAAAUACCUGUAACUAAAUUACCACUUCAUCAAAGAUCACAAGAAGCUGAUCUUGGUAUUGUUUACAACAAAGGAGGGACUCAGUAUAUUCUGUUACUUGGUGAAGCAAAAAAUGAGAUGGGUGAGGGCUCUGGGUGUGUGUACAUGCAAUCUUGCGCUUCAUACAUGAAGUUUGUCAGCACUAACCCUAUGAAAUGUAUGCGGUAUCAUCUUAAUCCUGCCUUCUUGAUUUACUUUGCAGGUUCCACUCUUGCCAUUGGUGGUGCUGUUUUUGGUCAGACAUUUGUUGUGCAACCUCUUACAGGUUGGUUUAAUUUAAUGCCAUUAACAUUUGAUCAUGAGACUUUGGGCACUGUUGCACGGGUAUUUAAAGCACUUAAGAAAGGUUUAGAAGACCUGAAAGAACAGUACAAUAAUUUGAAAUUGUAUGAAAUUACUGGUGAAAAUCUAGGUCAACUGAGACAAGAAUCCUUCCCAUAUCCAUCCUCUUUCACAAAUUUACAUGAUGUACAGGUUACAUUCAAAUACCAGAAACAAUUGAUUGAUAAUAAACUACUUUUUCUUGUGGAUUCCAUAACAACUAGUGACAUAGCUAAAAAUCAACAAUUCAUUAUUAAAUUCACAAAAAAGUAUGGGAAGGAAGUGCACAACUACUGUGCUGCAGCUUGUAUUGCACCAGAACUUGUGGCCAUUAACCAACUUCCUGGAAGUUGGUUAAUGGUUGUAAUGCAAUAUCUUCCUGAGGAGAAGUAUACAUGCUUAGAUAAAAUUCUGACAAAUCAUAAUUGCAAAUACUGGUACAUAAAAGCCAAACAAGCUGUAAAUGUGCUACACAGAGGAGGCUAUGUUCAUGGAAACCUUUGUGUAGCAAACUUUAUGGUUUCAAAUGAUAACAGUAGUCUGCUAAUCAUUGACUUCAAUCAGGCUGACAAGGAGGGUCAUACAACACAUUCAUACUUUAUAAAUCAGGUUGAUACAAAUUCAACACAUAAUGAUAUUGAAGAUGAUGGUAUCAUCACAAAAGAACAUGAUUUAAAUUUUAUGGAAAACUCUUUCUUUAGUUAUACAAAAUAA